AUGGCUAAUAAUCUUACACGUACUUUCUUAUAUAGUUCACGAAUCCUACAAAGAAGUUCUAUACGUACACUUACUAGUCAGCAAGGAAAAAGUCCAAUGGAUUAUGUUAAACAAGGUGUUGAUCAACUUAAUCAAGCAGCUGAAAAAGUUAAAGAUGUAGUUAGUAAUGCAACAUCAACUGUUGUUGAUGCGGUUAGUGGUCGUGAUAAUAAGACUAGUAACAGUAAUCAAUCGGGUACUUAUGAUAGUAGUCGUCGAGCAUCUCAAACAUCAAAUACUUCUGGAAGCAGCUCUGGCGGUGCAAGUAGUCCAGCAUCUCAAUCAGCAGGCACUUUUGGAAGCAGCACUGGCGGUGCAAGUAGUCCAGCAUCUCAACCAACAAGUACUUCUGGAAAUAGCGUUCCUUAUACAAGCGAUUUACCAAGUGAACCAUCAGGUGGAUAUAAUCGAGGUGGUCUAUCACCAACUGAUCAAAUUAGAGAUCGAGGAACUGAUUAUGGUAAACAAGCAGAUAAAUCUACUACAAAUCAAACUGGUAGUAAAUCUCGUAAAGUUUAA